AUGAGUCAAUCACUGUCUGUACCUUCGUUUUUCGACGGAAGUAAUUAUGCAUAUUGGAAGGUUAGGAUGCGUGCAUUCCUUAAGUCCUUAGAUGAGCAUGUUUGGAUUAGUGUUCAAAAUGGAUGGAAACCUCCCUCUAUUAUCGUAUCAGGAAACAUUCACCUUACUGACAUAUCUGUGUGGACUAAAGAUGAAUUAGCUGCUUGUAAUUGGAAUAGUAAGGGAAUUCAUGUAUUAUUCAUGGCUCUAUCUCCAGAAGAGUUUAGGAGAGUCUCUAUGUGCGAAACUGCUAAAGAGAACUCAAAAUUGCAAAUGCUAGCCUCUAGGUUUGAAGAAGUAAGGAUGAAAGAUGAUGAAACCUUUGAUGAGUUUUAUGCUAAACUAAAUGAUAUAGUUAACUCUAGUUUCAACCUAGGUGAGAGAAUUCCCGAGACUAAAAUUGUGAGAAAAGUACUUAGAUCCCUACCUGAGAGAUUUAGGCCUAAAGUCACUGCCAUUGAGGAAAGUAAGGACCUAGAUGAAGUUAAGAUCGAAGAAUUGGUAGGAUCAUUGCAAACCUAUGAACUCACUCUCUCACAACAUAAGAAAGGAAAGUCCAUAGCCCUAAAAGCCAUUAAAGAAAAUGAAUCGUCUGAUACGGAGUCACUUAGGGAUGAGGAAAUUGCAUACUUUGUUAAGAAAUUUCAAAAAGUCCUCAAUAAUAGGAGAAAGCCUCAGGAUAGAAAGAGUGGAGCCCCUAGCAGAUUCACAAAAGAUAAAAUUGAGAAAGUUAACAAUAAAGGGUCAAGUGAGAAGCUACGUUUGGUUAGAUGUCAUGAGUGUCAAGGAAUAGGUCACUAUAGGAAUGAAUGUCCUAGCUAUAAGAAAAAUCAAAGAAAAUGGAAAGGUAAGGCCUUAGUUGUCUCUCUUACUGAUAAUAAAUCUGAGACCAGUGAUAGGCAGGAAUCCUCUAGUAGUGACGAUGAAGGAAAUUAUAUGGCAUUUGUGGCUACUGUGAAGAGUGAAUCUGAUAAGGAGAGUGACAAGGUUGAGGAAGAACAUUCAAACGAUAAUUCAGGUAAUGAGGAUGAGGAUGAGGAUGAGGAUGACAUAGACUUACAAGAAGCGUAUCAACAGUUGUUUAAGGAGAGUCUUAAAAUAAAGAAGGUCAAUAAACCCUGCUUAAAAAGGUUGACGAACUUGAAAGGGAAAAAGAGAAACUGGGUAGUAAGUUUCAGGAGUCACUUAAGAGUGACAUUCAUAAGUGGAACUAAGAAAUUAGAUAACCUGUUGGGAAUGAAUAAGCCAGUAGGAGACAAGAGAGGUCUAGGAUAUGUUGAGGGUAAUACAACUAUCGCUGGACCAUCUAAGACUGUCUUCGUGGCUGCCUCUAAGUCUAAUGCUGUUAGGAGUCCAAGUAAGGGUAAGAGUGUUCCUAGGGAACAGAGUCAGCAAUCACGUAGGAACAUCAGGACUAGGUACCCACAGACACGUACCUUUGAGCCUAGGUUCAUUCCCACCUGUCACCACUGUGGUGCUCUAGAACACACUAGGCCUAGAUGUUACAAGUUAGGCAAUGAGCGUAGAAGUCAAAACAUUCCUAAUCAGGCUAACUAA